AUGACCAAGCCUGCUGCCGACAGUAUUUACGUCAGGGAGCGGGCCUACUUCCUUGACCUUCUAGUGACCCAGAUCGUGAAGCUCCGAUCUGACCCCGGUAAUCGUCUCUUUGUGGUUCAGGGGCUUCGAGAGCUCUCUCGGCUGACGCCUGGAUGCAUUGAGGCUUCGCGUGUCGUCGGUGACACUCUUUUCCACCAGAUUUGCUGUACUCUUCAGCCUCUGUUCCAGCCCGCAGUUGCCACUCUGUUGGCAGACAUUGAUGAGUUCGAUGGAUAUAGGGUCUCCGAUGCGCUUGAGGGUGCAGUUCCCCCGGAGGCUCGAGAUCCUUUCAAUCGGCCAGCCACAUGGUAG